UCAGGGUAGCAGGUCUUGUGUGAGGAGCUGAGCAGGGGCCAUGGCUGCUGAGGAGGCCGACAAGCCACAGCUGGAAAUGCCACUGGUCCUUGAUGAGGACUUGACCAAGCAGAUGAGGAUACGCGUGGACACUCUGAAGAAGAAUAACGAGAAGCGCCAGGAUGGGGAGAAGCUGCUGAGACCGGCAGAGUAUGUGUACCGCCUGGAUUUCAUACAGCAGCAGAAACUACAGUUUGAGCGCUGGAACAUUAUGCUCGACAAGGCCGGCAAGGUGACCAUCACUGGCACGUCCCAGCAUUGGACACCCGAUCUCACCAACCUCAUGACCCGACAGCUUCUGGACCCAGCGGCCAUCUUCUGGAGGAAGGAAGACUCUGAUGCUAUGGAUUGGAACGAGGCGGAUGCCCAGGAGUUUGGGGAGAGGCUGUCUGAGCUGGCCAAGAUCCGAAAAGUGAUGUACUUCCUGAUCACCUUUGGCGAGGGCCUUGAGCCUGCCAACCUUAAGUCUUCAGUGAUUUUUAAUCAGCUUUGAUAUUGAACCUGAUUGCCCACUUCAACCCUUGCCCCCAUCCUUAUCAAGGAUCAGGGUGUCUUUUCUCCAUUCACCCCUCCAUUAUUUUCUUCUGGGACUUGCUUUUUCUCUCCUCUUCCCUUUCCCCCUCUUAAAAAAAAAUCUAAACACGCAACACAUUUUCCUGGAUGAAAACAUCUCCCCUUCCCCUCCCUUACACUUUCAUUCUUCUUUCCUAAUGUUUGCUCGUCUCACCUUUGUACUUCCUAAAUUUUAAAACUGCAUUUUUCUUUCCAUUUUAUUGUCUUAAUCUUGAUCAGGAAAAUUAUUCCAUUUCCAGCUGUUGCAUUGAUUUCUCUUACCAUCCAUUCCUUUUCUUACCCGACUCCCUGAACUUUUAGAUCUGGGUGUUCCUCCCUUCCCUUCUUUACUAUCUAUCUAGCAAUCCCCCAGCCCUUUUGAUCAGAUCAGGCCUCUUUCCUUCAGUCCCACUUCCCUGAAUUUUGGGGAAAAGAUUAUUUAUCCUCACAUACACCGUCACUUCUUUUGCCUAGUAUUUGUCUCCAUCACACCCUCCCCACUAUCAUCCUUUUCCUUCCCCUACAUGUCCCUUUUCAUGCAGCAUCAGUGUAUCUCACCCCUGCCUUCUGUUUUUUGGUGUAUGCCUGCUUUCUCCACUAUUUCCCUCCCAGUAAUAUUGCUGGUUACUGAAUACCCUGUUUCUGGGGGGUGAGGACAACAUAGUUGCUAUAUCUGGUCUGAGCUUGUGGGUGUGCCCAGCAGCUUUGGAGAAACAAUUCACUUUUCUUUCUGACUUCUUCUCUACUCUGGAACAGAAACCAUAACUGACAUUUUUGACUAUGCAAGGUGGGGACAACCUUCUGCUAACUAGGGUAUAGUAUUGCACACAGACUAUUUGCAGGAUUAAUGAAUUAGGGAUGGAUGCAGUUAAAUGGUGGGCCAGGAAGAGCUUUGAAAGGUUGGCUGGGGGGGAAGACAGUGAGAGAGAUCAACUUAUGCUGAGCAUAUUGUGAUGGCUGAAGACCUGCCAUUCCCUCUUCAUCUAGGAUAAGAGAGAGCUAUUCCAAAGAAAGAGACCUUUAAAUCUCUAUUUUUUAUCUAGAGUUUUUACAUAAAACUGUAAGUGAAUCUGAAGACAGAUUUCUUUUAGUGAAUAUCCAACUUUUUGCAUUGCUAAGGGAUCUUAAUUCCUCUCUUUGGGCUGUCCUAAGGGUCCUAGCCUCACAGUACAUGAGCUGACAUGGACUGUCUCUGACAGCAAGGUAUGAAAGGAAAAUAUUAACUUGAGACAUGUCCCUUUAGCUCUCUCAAGCUAAAUACAGUAGCUUAGGGGAAGAAAGCAUGGAGCAUUUAAUGUUGGAGCUGAACCUGAGUGUAGAGAAUUACAAGGGAAAGCAAUCUAGUUCCGUUAGGUUCUUUAAAAAAAAAAAAA